AUGAGUAAACAGGAGUCAGGAUCAGAAGGUGCAAACUACAACAGUAACCUCAACUCUGAUAUGUUCUUCGGCCAUUUCAACAGAAAUUUGUUCGAUUACAUUCCACUCUUUCACUUUCUGUUUAAAACACGAAGUAAGUUGAAUUCAGCUAAUGUAAAUUACACCACAAAUGACAGUCGCUUGUUUGAAGUGUUUCAGCGGGAGGCGAUCGAUUGCUACUUCUUCUCCUUCCUUAGCUCAAAAAAGUACGUCCCAGUGCCACCACCAGCGGUACUCUCCUGUUAUCUCCGAAUAAGUGGCGCGCCGUUUACGCAUGUGCAGAAGGGCGGCUACUCCCGCAACCCAAAACGCCACUCUCAUGAAAUAUAUGAUGGAAUGCUGAGGAUUGCUGAUGCGUCAAAGGAAUUUAAGGAGAAUGAAACGUUGAAUUUACAAGACGCUCUCCAAUUGGAGUGUAAAAAUUUCCCUCCACCAGUUACUCGAUUUUCAAUGGAGGCGAAUGAAGGCUCUAAUACGCAGAAGUGUCCGUCUUCAAGAGAACCACGAAAACCUUAUCCCUGUGAUCUGCGCAUUAAACAUCGUCUGCCACGUGGACUCACAGCUGGCAGAAGAGUGGACGAUGUGGGUUCACACGGUAACAAGUUGUCGUUGACACGACGAAGGCCCUACACGGCCUUCGACUUGGCCUCUGCAGUAAAGGCAAUCUGCUCUGGCGAGCUCGGCACUCGACGGGCAGCCAGCAUGUAUGGCAUCCCGCGAUCUACACUGCGAAACAAAAUCUGCAAGCUCAAUGAGAUUAGAAAGCACGAGGAGACCCUGCGGGGAGGUCAGCCGAUCUCGCUAUCCGACUUCUUUCACCAGUUCGCCUCUUCUGGCAAACCACCGAAAGAUGGCCCUUGCGAAAGCGAAACCAUUUGGCGCCCAUCAACGGUUGCCACACCUUACGGAUUGGCGUCUGUAUUUAAGGUCUGGUAA